AAGGUACGAUGGUAGACGCCCCUCUAUAUGAAAUAGUUUAUUCCGACUAUACCACUAUAGCCUCAACUGUUGAUAACGUAAUACUUGUUACGUUUGUAUUAACGUGUUUCACUGUGUAAUACUACCUAUUGAUAUUAAGAUUGUUAUAAAAGAUAAAUUCUCAAUAUAGCAUAUACAUAGUCUCGAAUAAAAGGUAACAUAGUUACAAAAUGCAGCAUACAUUCCUCUCAUCGCAAUGGUUUUUUCCAUCAUGGACACCUUUCACUGACGUAUUAGUUUGACCAGGUGCUGACGGCUCCCCCGCUCAGGGCAUCAUGAGCGAGCUGAAGGACUGCCCCCCGCUCAAAUACUACGACUUCAAGCCCGUCGAGCAUGUCAAGCUGUGUCCCCGCUACACUGCUGUGCUCAGCCGAUCUGAAGACGAUGGGAUCGGCAUCGAAGAGCUGGACACCAUGCAGCUGGAGCUGGAGACACUCCUGUCCUCCGCCAGCCGCCGCCUCCGAGCCCUGGAGGAGCAGAGACAGAUCCUCACAGAUUGGCAAGACAAGAAGGGAGACAAGCGUUUCUUGAAACUGGGAAAAGACCCCGACCCUGCAGCCUCCUCCCGUCACAAGCAAAAGAAGCAGAAAUUGGACAGCAAGGGAGGACACAGGCCAGGCCCAGGUCCUGGAAGACCCAAACCCCAAAGCCUGACGCCAAAAGUUCAGGAGUAUGAAUUCACGGAUGAUCCACAAGAUAUUCCCCGUACUCCAAAAAAUGAUGCUCCCAAUAGGUUCUGGGCAUCGGUGGAACCAUAUUGUGCUGAUAUUACAAACGAAGAGAUACGGCAGCUUGAGGAGCUUCUGAAACCUCCAGAUGAUGAAGCUGAAUAUUUCAAAAUCCCAGCAUUGGGGAAACACUACUCACAGCGCUGGGCUCAAGAAGACCUCCUUGAGGAGCAGAGGGAAGGAGCUCGAGCCAACGACAAAAAGAAGAGCCUCAUGGGUGGGCCGCUGUCAGAGCUGGAUGCAAAAGAUGUGGACUCACUGCUGAAAAAGUCAGAAUCCCAACAUGAAUCACCAGAAGAUGGCUGUCCUUUUGGUCCUCUCACGCAGCGUCUGCUGCAGGCUCUUGUUGAGGAAAACAUUAUAUCCCCCAUGGAGGAUUCACCUAUUCCAGACAUAUCAGCAAAAGAUGCCAACGAUGGUGCCGGGACCUCUCCUCGAAGCCAAGGAAAAGCUUUCAGUGUUCCUCACACGCGCUCCUUGGAGGCACGGAUCAAAGAGGAGCUGAUAGCCCAAGGGCUGCUGGACUCUGAGGAGAGACCUGGCACCGGCGGAGACUCGGAGGACGAGGUCCUCGCUGAGCUGCAGAAGCGACAAGCAGAGCUCAAAGCCCUAAGCGCCCACAACAGAGCCCGGAAACAGGAGCUGCUCCGAUUGGCAAAGGAAGAAAUGCGCAAGCAGGAAUUGAGGCAGAGAGUGAGGGUGGCUGACAACGAGGUGAUGGAGGGAUUCCGGAGGAUCAUGGCAGCCAGGCAGAAGAAACGCACCCCCACCAAGAAGGAGAAAGACCAGGCAUGGAAAGCUCUAAAGGAGAGGGAAAGCAUUCUGAAGUUGUUGGAUGGAUAGAGGGAUGUUCUUUUGUUUGUUUUUUUCCUUUUUAAUCUUGAAAAAAAUGUUGGAAUAAUUUCUACUUCCUCUUUUUCGUCACUCACAAAGAUUACAGCAGCCGUCCCUCAGUCAGGGGGAUGUUUAUGUGUCAUAGUUUUAAUGGUUUGUACAGUAAAGAGUCAUUCAGUCAGUAACAUCCAGCAUGCAUCUUUUUUUUUUUUACAUCCUCAGUUGCUUUUUGAUCUCAGUUGCAUUUUUAUAUUGAUCUUUUUUUAAUUUAACGUUCAUGACAACAAUGUAUAGCUGUUGGAAUAAACAAGUACAACUAAAUGUAUUUGUGUGUAUGGGCAAAUCAGAUGACCUCACAAUGAGUUGGCCUGGAGAAACACAGGCAGACUCAUACUUAUUCAAGUAAUAAAAAUCAGUUGUUGUUAAUUUUUUUAAUUCAAUCAUUGUCUCAUUCCCUCAUAUGAAUAUGAAGCAAAAUAUCUAUGUUUAAUUUAGCAGCUAAGCAUCCGUUUACGUUAGUCAUCGAGGCAAUGUUGCAACCAAAGUACCAGAAACCCAUUUAAGACCUGUUAACAACCAUAACAGCAGCUGUGUUAGGAGUGAAGAGCUGCUGAUCAGCCAGGACUAUGCAG